AUGGAGGGCUCUUGUCAAAGUUCCAGCAGAAGGAUUAAUGUUACCACGACCGCUGGGGAGUACGAGCUCUUCAAGGAGGUCAAUAAGCGAGUCACCUCUGAGAAGCAGGGAACAGGUCCGACCGAGCCCUUGAGAAGCUAUAUCAAUCGGUUCAGCCAGGUGGCCAAUGACGCCCCUUCUGCCACCUCGGAAAUACUGAUGAGCGCCUUCUCUCACGGACUGCUGGAAGGGGAAUUCUUCAGGGACCUUAUCAAAAACCCUGCCCAAAAUUUUGAUGAUAUGGUGGAGAAAGCUUCUUGCUACAUCAAAGUGGAGGAGGCUCAGGCGGCUAGGAGGAAGGCCGAAAAGACAGUGGCUCCUGGCAACAGGUCUGAAAGGAGGGCACCACAGCCAGCUCAGCCUCUUCAACGCGUUCAACCCAGGCCUGUCCUGCAGCCCGCCCAAGGAGUCAGACCAACUCCUCGAGCUGCUGCCAUACACGCGCCCAGACCUGGACCAAGAGGAGCACCAUAUUGCACAUAUCAUCGGUCCAGGACGCAUGAUAUCAGUAAUUGCUUCCAAUUCGCCCGUGAUUCUAGGCGAGCUGCCGAGCAAGGCUUGCCUCCCCCGGAGUUGGCGCCCCAAAUACAGAGAAUGGAAGAAGAGCAGGCUGCGGCCGGACGCGCUCGGCCCGACCUGGCAGGCCCUUCUAAUCAGGCUGGUCCCGUGGGGGACCAAAGAGAUGCCGGGGAGAUGGAAAACAGGGACAACACUGCUGUACGAGAGAUCGGCAUGAUUUCGGGAGGGCCCACUGAUGGGGACUCCGACCGAGCCCGUAAGUCACAUGGUCGGCGGUUAUAUGUGGGGGCUGUUGGGUGCAGCCACGAGCAGGCGUCUGGCCCUGUUAUCAGCUUUGGGCCACAAGAUUUGGAGGGUCUGGAAUUACCCCACGACGAUGCUCUCAUUAUCAAGGCCGUUAUCGCUAACAGCCGAGUGGCUCGGGUAUUCGUAGAUACCGGAAGUUCGGUUAAUAUUUUAUUCAGAGCUGCAUUCGAGGAGAUGCAGAUCGAUGCCGCUGAGCUUUAG